AUGGCCGACGUCCGCAGCUUCACUGCUCGACCACUGUCGAAGCAUGCCCGAAGCGACCUCAAGGAUGCCUUUCGCAUCUACCUCUCCUCAUCCUCUCUCGCUGCGCUCAGACUCCGCGCUGAUGAUCUUUGUACGCUAUCGUCGGCAGAUGGGGCGCCAAAGACCGCAAUCGCUUGGACUGCGACGGAGAACAUACAAAGCACCGUGAUGCAGACGUCCAGAACUCUCCAGGAAUGUUACGGGAUCAAAGUCGGCGAGAAAUAUGCCAUCACCAAAGUUGAUGGCACUUUGGAUGAUAUUGAAACAAUCGUGCUGAUGGACUGCUCUGACACCGAAAAAAUUGAGAGGUUCGGGCCCAUCUCUGAUAAAGACAGACCUCACUGGGAAUGGACCUUAGAGUUUCCGCUUCUCCGCGGUGAGGUCCUGGCCAUUGGGCUAGUGUUUGAUUUGGAACUCAAGGGGCAGCGCAGAACAUUCAAAGUGGUCAAUAUUCAUGCCCCCGGAGCGAGUCCGAACCGUACCAUUUUCAGAUUUACCAAAAAGUCUAAAGUCUCGCUUGGAACGGAGAUCAACGUGAGCGACAACUCGCGUUCGCAUAUUGCGGUUCAAUCCGUGGGAUUGGGGGGCCUCUCGCGUCAAAUUGAAGACAUCAACGAGAGCUUGUCGGACUUCAAUGUCAACUCACGCAGCCUUGUUAUGCCACCAUUCUACGAACAUAACCGAGGCAUUCUCCUCUACGGACCAAAGGGAACCGGCAAAACGGCACUCCUUCAGCAGAUUGAGAAUGCUGGCUGGAAGCAAGUUUUCAAGAUUGGGACGUCUUCCCUUGGUCGCAGCACUAAUGAAAGUGAGGUGAAGCUUCGCAACAUUUUCCACGAGGCUGCCCGUGCCAAACCAAGCGUCAUCUUGAUCGAUCAGUUGGAGUUCAUUGCGCCCAAAAGGACUUCUUUUGACUCAAAUUCUCUCGUAUCAGUAUUGUGCGAGAACCUUGACGCCAUUCAGAGCGCAUCCGUACUUGUGGUGGCUGCGACUCGACACCCAAAUAACGUUGACGACGCUCUUCGAACUCCACACCGGCUGGGCACGGAGAUCGAACUACAAGUUCCUACCGCGCAGGAUCGAGCGGAGAUCCUACGCGCGAUUCGGGGACCAGCCUUUGCAGGGCUCAACGAGGCACUGAUUGACUUUAUCGCCGAAAAAACCCACGGUUAUGUCGGUGCGGAUCUCUAUGCUCUCCUUCAGCUGAUCUGCCGGAAAGCCCGUCAACGACAACUAUUGACGUUUGGAUUUGAGGGCUUGUCAAUGAAGGACACAACGCCGGAUAUGGACACUCCUCUUAUCGAUGCGAAUGAAAGUAGCGAUUCAAAUCACGGAGAAAUUCGAAUUGACCUUGAAAUCCUGGAAGAGGAUGUUCUGGCAUCUCUACAGGAGAUUCGUCCCACAGCGAUGCGAGAGGUCUUCUUGGAGACACCAAAAGUGCGAUGGUCAGAUAUCGGAGGCCAACAUGAUAUCAAGAAGCGCCUGCAACAGGCGGUUGAAAGGCCCCUCAAGCAUCCGGAGCGCAUGCGUCGACUGAAUGUCAAGAGCAAAAAGGGAAUCCUUCUCUAUGGACCCCCUGGGUGCUCCAAGACUCUUACUGUCAAGGCGCUGGCUACAGAAGCCGGGCUGAACUUCCUGGCUGUCAAAGGAGCAGAGAUAUUGAGCAUGUAUGUUGGUGAAUCUGAGCGAUCGUUGCGAGAAAUAUUCCGCAAGGCCCGCGCGGCACGGCCUAGCAUCAUUUUCUUCGAUGAGAUCGACGCCAUUGCGGCUCGCCGUAGCAGCAAUUCACAAGGUGGCGUCAACGUCCUCACCACCCUUCUCAACGAGAUGGACGGUAUUGAAGAGCUACGCAAUGUCUUGGUCAUCGCUGCAACCAACAAGCCUGAUGUUCUUGACCCCGCCCUUAUGCGACCAGGUCGCCUGGAUAACAUUCUCUACAUCGGCCCGCCAGACAUCGAAGCCCGACGAGAGAUUCUCCGUAUUUGGGCGAGCAAGUCAGUCCUCAGCCCGGAAGUUGACCUCGAUGAGCUGGCGGUCGUCACUGAGGGCUAUUCCGGAGCGGAGAUGGUCAGCAUCUGCGAGACUGCUGGCGACGCGGCCUUGGAUGAAGAAGAGGAGACGGGCCAGGAGCAAGAUGUCAAGUUGAAGCACUUCGAGUAUGCGUUGACUCAAGUGCGUCGUCAAAUCACGGAUUCGGUCAUUCGGGAGUACGAGGAAUGGCGGGAUGCGCAGAAAUAA